AUGAAGUUAAGGAAUAUUAAAAAAAAUGACAAAAGAAAUGAAAAAUGUAUUAAAGUAAAAAACAAAAAAAUAGGAAAUAAAUGCACACAAAAUGAAAAAGAUGAAAGAGAAAAAAAAAAAAAUAGUAAAAUAAUACAUAUUGAAUAUUUAGAGGACAGAAAUGAAAAUAAAAAUAAAAUAUUAAAUAAAACAAAUACCAAAACAAUUACCAAAACAAAUAGCAAAACAAAUGACAAAACAAAAUUUCACAAAAAAGUACGAUUUACAAAAAUAUGUUCUAAUAUCAACCAAAAUAAACCGAUAAAUAAUAAUAACAACAAUAAUAAUAAAAAAGGAACCGUAUUAGUAAAUGUCAAAGAAAAAAUAAAUAUAUUGAAUAAUAAAGAAAUAUUGAAGCCACAAAAAAACAACACAAAUAGUAAGUUAGUAAGCAAAAAUACCAAGCAUAUAAAUUCUGAAGAUACUAAUAAAAAUGGUGCUAUUUUAGCUAGCAAAAAUAAUAACAAUAAUAAUAAAAACCACAACAUUGUUAACAGAAGUAACAAAUAUGUUGGUACAUUAAAAAAUAACAAUUUGAAUAGGUCGAAAAAUGAAAAGAUGAAGAAAAAGAAUUGGAAAAAAAGUAAAAAAAAAAAUAUAUAUUUAAGUGAAAAUGAAUUAAAUUUGAAUGUGAAAAAAAAAAAAAAAAACGUUGAAAGGAAUAGAAGGACAGUUAAAAAAUCCUACAAAACGGAUGAGAAUGAUUCUCAUACUUUAUGUAGCAAAAAAGAAAUAAUGAACACACAUAAAAAAGAUAUGUCUCGAAUAAAAAAAAAAAUGCAAUAUAAUAAAAUAAAUGAAACAGAAAAUGGGAAAACAACUGUGGUAGAAAAUGAAGAAAUAUUAGGAACAUAUCAAGAAAUGAAUAAUAAGAAAACCAUACAAUAUUGGGACGAAGAUUUCCUUUUUAAAUCAGAUUAUUUUUUUGAAAAAAAAUUAAAUAAAACAAAAGGAAUGUGCACAAAUAAUAUUGGUAACAAUGCUAUGUAUUAUUAUGGUAAACAUUCAUUUAGAAGCAAAAAAAAAAUGAUGCUAGUGAUGAAAAAAUUAAAAAAUAAUAAAAUAAAAAGAUCAAUAAAUGAUUUUAUAAAAAAUAAUAGUAUAAAUAAUAAUAAUAUUGCAACUAAUAACAAAUGUAAUAUUUACAGUUUUGGUAAAGGAAAUUAUCUUUACUCAUUAGAAAGAAUAAAUUAUAAUAAUGAAAAAUCAAGUGUAGAUAAUAAAAUAAAACUAAAUUUUGUUGAUGAAAUAAUAAAUAUAAAAAAACAAAAAUUUAUAAUUGGAUCAUCAAAUAGAAAAUGUGAUUUAGUUUUAAAAGGGGAUAUAGAAACAGAACAAUGUGAAUUAAUAUGUAAAUGUGUGCAAAAAAAUAUUAAUCAUACAACCGAUAAAAAUAGACAAAUAAAUAAAUAUAAUUUAUUUAUUGUAAAUAAGUCAACAAAUAAUAGUACUAUACUGAAUGAUGUGAUUGUUGAUGUUGAUCAAGUAAAAGAUGAAGAUAGUAUAUUUUUAGGUAUAAAUGAAAUUGGUAAAAAAAAUAAUAGCAAAUAUGUUUAUAAAAUUAAAUAUAAUAAACUAGCUAAUAUUUUUAAUAUAAAUAAUGGAAACAAUUAUACAAAAGAUAACAUUAACACCUCGAUGGUAAAUAAAUCUAAAAAACGAAAAGGCAGUAAAAUAGUGUCUAACAAUUUUUCUUUAAAUAAUAUGAUAGAAGAAGAUGAAUCAAAAAUAUGUAUACUCAUAUUUCUUAUAAUAAAUAAGAAUAGUACUACUGAAAAUGGUGGCCUUUUUAUGCCAAAUAAUAAUAAUGGUAAUAAUAAUAAUGGUAAUAGUAAUAAUGGUAAUAGUAAUUAUUAUGGAAUAAAUUCGAUAAAUAUAUGGAACGAACCUAUAUAUACAUUGAAUAAUUUAUGUAAUAUUACGAAUUUAAAUAUUACUCCUAAAAAGAGUUUAGACGUUUUAGGAUAUGGUAAUAAUAUAUCAACAAACAAUAUAAAUAAUUCUAUAAAACAUAAUAAUAAUAAUAAUAAUACACCUGGUAAUUUAAGUUCUGCUGCUAAUUUCAAUUUGUAUAAUAACAAGGGAUCUACUUCUAUUAAUAAAAUGAUAGAAGAAGAUUCACCUAAUACCCAAUUUAAUGAAAGUAUUAAAAAAAUAAAUAAAAUAUGUCAAAGCCGAAUUUCUCCAUUAUGUAUAAAAGAUUCAAUAAAAAAAGACGAAAAAAUAAAAGGAUUAUCAAGAACAAGAAAUAAUUCUAAAGAACUUCCUGUAACAUUAUUAAAUGCAUGUGCUGAGUUGUGUAAAGAAAUAAAUAAAAAUACAACUAAUGAAAAUAAUAAUGUUAAUCAAAAUAAUUCUAUUACAAAAAAUUCUUCACUUUUUAAUAAUCCGAGUCCGUUAAAAAUAGAAACUUAUCUUGUUAAUAAUGAAAAUAAAUCAGCCCCAAAAAAUAUAAGCAAUAUGCAUAAUAAUGCCCCAAUUAGUUCAGAUUCUGUUAAAAUUCAUAAAAAUGAUUCAAUUUUUAAUCAAGAUCCAUAUCAGAUAAAAAAUAAUGCAUCUACAGAAAAUCAAUUUAAAAAUUUAUCUGUAGAAAAGGAGCCAGAUAUUAAUGAAAACAAUGAAACUUCUUCUGUGACACUAAAUAAAGAACCCGGUUCUGAAUUAGAAGGAGAAACGAAAAAUGUAAGAAAAUCUUUUUUAAAACAAAUUUUCAGUAGAUCAUUCUCCCCAUUUAAGUAUAUAUCUGAAGGGGGAGAGAAACAAACGAAAAUUGUUACGAAUGGAAAUGGUUACAAUAAAGACAAUAACAAUAAUAAUAACAAUAACAAUAAUAAUAGCAAUAAUAAUAGCAAUAAUAAUAAGAAAUGGGAUAGUGAGCAAAUAGGAGAAAUUGUAAACCUUAGAGAAGAAUUAAAUAUAACUCCUCAAAAAGAUAAGAUAUUUUAUGAGGAAAAUAACGAAGCUUCAUUAAAUGAAUGUAAAGAACAUAAUAUAAUAAAAAAUAACACUAACAUAAAUGAAAAUAACCAAAAUAGUGUUAUCGAAAAUGAUCAAAAUAAUGUUAUCGAAAAUGAUCAAGGAUAUAAUAAAAUUGCAAGUAGUACAGAAAAAGGAGUAUAUUCUCUAUUAUAUUCAAAAAAUAGUGAAAACAAAUCAUAUAAAGAUUGUGUAUUGUGCCUAAAAAAUGAUGAAGAAAAAGAGACAUACUUAAAAAUAAUAGGUGAAAUUAAAGUAAAAAGAAAUGCUACAUUUUCAGAAAUUAAACAAGAGAUAGAUUCUAAAUUAAUGGACAAAUCUACUGGAUUCGCGAUAUUAAAUAGUGUUAACUAUUCAAUUCAUUUAAAUGCAUUUUCAGAAAAAAUAAAUGAAACGAAAUUUAAUGAAUUGUCUGCAUUACAUUUAGAUUAUAUUGACAACACAAAUUUUUCAGACAUAGAUACUUUAGAAUCAUUUGAACUUAAGAAAAUGAUAUUUAUAAAAUAUGAAGAAUAA